AUGGAUAGUGGUAUAGAUCCAGGACUGAUGAGUCCUGGAUCCUCUGGGAGGGAUGAUAUUUUGUCUUUUAACCUCUGUGAUGCUACCAGUGGAAAAAAUGAGGUGAGGUGGAGGACAGAAGGUGAAGAGGCCGGGUGGGCAAGCUAUUUCCCUCGUGUUAGACUUCUGAAACAGAAAUGGGCGGGGGGGAGGCGGCGGCAUGUGGGAGAACAAGCUACUUGUCUGGGGGGAGAACAAGCCCCUCACCCCCUCUCUGGAGCCACCCUUGCUGACCUCCCACCUGUCUCUGUCUUUGCAGGUAUUGUAGAGACCCAGCAAGCACCAGCCUGUGGCCACCGGGUCCCAUCUACCCGAAUUGUAGGUGGUGAGGAGGCUGAGGCCGGCGCAUGGCCCUGGCAGGUCAGCCUGCAACUUCUAGGCACGCAUAUAUGUGGGGGGAGCCUCAUCUCUUCCAACUGGGUACUCACAGCUGCACAUUGCUUUAGCAGUAUCUUAGUGCCCUCCCUGUAUGACAUCCUGUUGGGGGCACACAAUCUCUCACAUCCCAGCCCAGGAGCAAAAUUUGUCGGAGUGAAGAAAAUCAUCAUCCACUCCAAAUACUUGGGAGUCAUAGAUGGCAAUGAUAUUGCACUUGUGGAACUGGAGACCCCUGUCAGCUUUACCCAGCUCAUCCAGCCGGCCUGCAUCCCAGGGUACAACAUCUUCUUCCCUGACAAGUUGGGCUGUUGGGUCACAGGAUGGGGAGACAUUGAAACAGGAGUUGUGCUCCCUUAUCCAGAACCCUUACAGGAAGUUCUGGUUCCACUUGUGGAUUCUGCCAUGUGUGAGGACCUCUUCAGCCGCAUGUUAAAUACAACCCAGCAGAACACCAGGAUAAUCCAGGAUGACAUGAUGUGUGCAGGCUACUUGGAAGGGAUGAAGGAUUCCUGCCAGGGGGACUCUGGAGGACCACUGAUUUGCCCUUGGGAUGGGGCUUGGCUCCUGGCCGGUGUGGUGAGCUGGGGUGCUGGUUGUGCCGCCCCUAACAGCCCUGGUGUCUACACCCGAGUCAGUGCCCACAGCAGUUGGAUCUUGAAACAUGUCCCAGAAGUGGCUUUUAACAUCAUCUUGUCCAAGGAUGGGAAUGGGAGUGGUGACCUUAAUGGGGGGAGUGGUGACCUCCACGGGGGGAGUGGUGACCUCAACAAGGGACAUCCCUGGCUCCUGCUGCUAAUACUGCUAUGCUGUCUUUAUUAUGCAUCAGCAUAUUAAGCAUCAGCUACAGACAUGUUGAAGGUUGUGGUUCUUUGUUUUUUAAACCUAAGAAAUAAAUUAUAUUAAUGUUUCGGUG